AUUGGCUAUGGAUCUCAGGGAAAAACGCUCCGAGAGCGAACCACAGCGCUAUCGGUGCACCUUCACCGAUUUUAAGCAUCAGGCUGCGGAAUAUUACCGGAGCAAUGAAGUACCGCAGCGCCUGGAGGAGGUGCUGAACAGUAUGUUCUACCUGCGCCCGCCAGACUUCUACGGGCACCUGGCAAACUACUUUUCCAAGUUGUCAAAACCUCCAGUUAUAUGCAGAUUAGUUGGGAGGAAGGUGUUGGAUGGGACUGGUCAUCCAACAUUAGAAGUGGAAGUGUUUUGCCAAGUCAAGAACUAUGAUAAGAGCAUUUGUUCCAGCAUGAUCUCUUCUCAUGCUGAAGUUCUUGAGAAUGCUUCCCCAGAAGCAGUGGAUGCUGAUGAAAAGGAAAGACAUGAAUCAGUAAAUAUAGCAAUUGAAUGGAUAGAUGAAUCAUUGAAUGAAUUGCUCAGAGGCCUUCAACCUACUGACCAGUAUAAAGUUGAUGAGCUGCUAGGUGAAUAUUUCACAAAGAAAGUGGAGGAGGAAGAAGAAGAAAGAAGGGAAGCUGAAAGGGAAAAAGAGAAAGAAACCCAAGAAAUAAUGUUUCCUCCUCCACCACCUGUUACAGCACCAUCUGGAAAAAAGAAACAAGCAAAGCUAGGGAAAAAGAUUUCUGUUGUAGAAAAUCCAAUCCCACCUGCAGAACCUACUGAACCAGUUAUUAAGGGUAGCAUGGCUAUUGGGUGUGUAUCUCUUGCUGUUGUGAAGGCUGCUGCAACUACUAGUGACAUGCCUUUGUACUUACAGAUUGCUUUAAUAAAACACAAUCAGCAUCUGCCUAAGGAACUCAUUAUGCCAUUGCCAAUGAUAACACUUUUGAGUAGUGGAAAGUCAUCGCCUGGAAAACUAAAUCUAAUGAAAGAAGUGAUGUUUAUACCUCCAGCCUGGUUAACUGUUAAACAAAGUGUAGAAAGAUCUCUGGAUAUUCACAAACAAAUAAUGAAGUUGCUGGAACCGGUGAAUAAAGGGCCACCCGUUAUUAAAAAAAUGUCUCACUUAGGCUGCAUAGUAACAGGGAAUGAAACUCUUGAACAACCACUGACCUUGAUUCAAAUGGCUUGCGCAAACAUUGGCUUGGAAUUAGGAAUAGAUCUGUAUUUGGGAAUAAAUUGUGCUGCUCAUGAACUAAUGGACUAUAGUAAGGGAAAAUAUGAAGUAUUGUCUGGAACACUCAAGAACCCUGAUGAAAUGGUGGAUAUGUAUGUGAACCUGAUUCAUAAGUUCCCUUCUGUUGUAGCAUUAAUUGAUCCUUUGAGAAAAGAGGACACUCAACAGUGGGAGAAUUUAUGUAGUAAUCUGGGUUCAAAAUGCUACCUUAUUGCAGAACAUGCAUGUAGGAGUAUCUCUAAACAUUUGAAUGGCCAAAAGAAGAAUGCACCAAAAUGCAGUGGUCUUGUUGUGAAAUACAUCAAUGAAACUAACAUUUCUGACCUUUUAGAAAUGACCAAGCUUUUAGAUGGUCUGAAACAUGUUUCUAUAUUCGGAAGCUCAGAUGGAGAGUCUUCUGAUGACAGUCUUGUGGACCUUGCAGUUGGACUGGGAACCAGGUUUAUCAAGUUGGGAGGUCUGUCACGUGGUGAGAGGGUGACCAAAUACAACCGCCUUCUUGCUAUAGAGGAAGAACUGGCCAAGAAUGGAAUACUAUGUGCAAGAGAUGACUAUGAAUUUAUUGAUUUUACUGAAGAUGAACAAGAAGAGGAGGAAGAGGAAUUUGACUGCAGUGAUUCAGCUGGGGAGACAGUACAUCUUGCUCUAUAGAAAGUUAUGCUUCAUAUUUUAUAUUUGUUGGCACAGUUCUUUGGUUGGGAGCACACUGCAUGGUACAACAGCUGCCUUGUCACCCUUGGGAAUACAUAGGAAUAGUCACAUGAAAUUAUUGAAUAUACUAAAGCCAUGAAUCACUUAAGGCUGAAAAUCCAUUUCUGGAUGUGGUGAUUUAACAAAACUCCAUAAUAAAUAAUAACAAUAUUU